GGGGCGGCCCUGCGCAGGCGCCGCGGAGCGGGCCGGGCCGGGUCGGGCCCGGUGGAUGCGUGGUUCCCGGGCUGCUCCCGCCGCUGUCCCCGCGGAGCGGCCGGGCCGGGUCGGGCCCCGUGGGUGCGCGCUGUCCCUGCUCCUGGCGCUUGGCUGCAUCUCGCGGGGCUCCCGGGCGUGGAGCGGCGUCGCGGCCGCCCGUAGUUGGCGGUAGCGAGCCCGGGAAGACGCGCUGUGGGCUUGGGGGCGGGCGCGGGUGCCCCGGGACUGGCAGGGGACAGCCCGGCCCGGCGGGUUCAGGUGUUUUCGUCCCACGGCCCCUCCGUCCCCCACCUCGCAGGGGACGCACAGAGAAAUAAAAUGCUCGGUAACACGCACUGACGGUGUCCACUGGCGAGGCGUCGGCAUAGAGGCGUGCUAAGCAUGGAGGGAGAUGAAGAGGAAGACUAUAUGUCUGAUUUAUUUAUUAAGUAAACAGGAUGUCAGGCCAGGCUUGCCCAUGGUGAGGCGCGUGAAGGAAGCUAUUCAGAAAGAAGAAAAGCAAAAAGAAGCCAAUGAGAAGAACAGACAAAAAAGCAUAAAAGAAGAAGAAAAAGAGAGACGUGACUUGGUGCUGAAAAGUGCAUUGGGCAAUGAGAACAAAGGCUUUGCUUUGCUCCAGAAGAUGGGCUACAAGAGUGGCCAGGCCCUUGGCAAAAGUGGAGAAGGCAUUGUUGAACCUAUUCCUCUGAACAUAAAAACAGGCAGAAGUGGGCUUGGUCAUGAGGAAUUAAAAAAGCGAAAAGCUGAAGAAAAACUGGAAAACUAUAGACAAAAACUCCAUAUGAAAAAACAAGCCAAUGAACAAGCUGCAGAUCAGUUCAGAAUAAGAUUCAAAACCAAACAAGAAGAACGUAAGAUGGAAGGGGACCUGCGAAAAAGCCAGAGGGCCUGCCAGCAACUAGACAUGCAAAAAGAUAUUGAUGUUCCCAAGGAGACUUGGUUUUGGAUAGAACCUGAAGAGGAAGACAAAAAGGGUGAGGAAGACAAGGAAGAUGAAUGCACAAGCUCAGACUUAAGUGUAUCAGAAAAGCUGCACAUCCUGACGGCCUACUUGAGAGAGGAGCACUUCUAUUGCAUUUGGUGUGGAACAACCUAUGAAGACUCUGAAGAUUUAUCUUCAAACUGUCCUGGAGACAGUGCUGCAGAUCAUGACUAAAGCCAGUCUAAAGAAGAAGCCCUAGAUAAACUUGCCCUGUCCUGGUUGCAGCUGGCAGAUGUGAAUGGUGAAGUGGCCAAGACACACCCCAAGUCUUGCUGUUGCUUCUGACAUCUGUUGUCAUUUCAUCAAUUGUAAUAAAUUCAUCAAACUCUGGAUUUAACACAGUGUGAAAGGACAUUCAAUGAGAAUAAUUUCCAAGUGCCUUCUUUUUAUGAACAGACUUAAGAAGGUCAAGUAAAUAAGAUACAGUGAUUCUUCCUGAAGGGUCUGUUGAAAGCAUCUUUCUGAUUAAGGAUGCCUGAAAAAAAAUUAAAUGUCAAUAGUUUGUUUUUUUGGUGUUUUUUUUUUUUUAUUAAAAAAGUACCAAAAAUAUAUUAAAAUCCCAUACCUCUGUGGGAAAUUUCUUGUUGAAGGACUCUGGAAGUUCACCUUUUCUAGCAGAAGACCAUAUCUGAAAUGCAUAAAAGAGAAUAGUUUUCGUA